UUGGGCACAAAUUUAGUUUCUUAAUUAUUUAUAAAAUAUACAUAUAACCUUAUAAGAAAUCCUUCCAAGAUGAAGUUUGCUAUCCCCGAGAUUUCUUGGCAUAAUAGGGAUCCUGUACUUAGUGUAGAUUUUCAGCCAAAAACUGAAGCAAAUGGUCCAUUGCGAUUAGCAACUGGAGGAACCGAUUCUCACGUAUUGAUAUGGUACGUGUCUCCAUUGGAAAGCGGUUCAGUGAAUAUAGAAGUAGCAGCCGAUCUCACACGACAUCAGAAAGCAGUGAACGUGGUACGGUGGUCGCCCAGCGGCCAGUAUCUGGCGUCGGGGGACGAUGAGUCGAUCAUAUUCGUUUGGCAGCAGAAGACAGAGAAAGACCCCGUGCCUGCUGAUCCUAAUGAAGAACAAUACAAAGAAACUUGGGUCAUAUAUAAGACCCUCCGUGGACACUUAGAGGAUGUAUUAGACCUUAGCUGGGCUUCCAACUCACUGCACCUGGCCUCCGGCUCCGUGGACAACAAGCUGGUGGUUUGGGACGUAACUCGGGGGAAGUACAGCUCCAUCCUCAGUGACCACAAGGGCUUUGUGCAAGGUGUGGCCUGGGACCCUAAGGGGCAGUUGAUUGCGUCGGCUAGCACUGACAGAGUAUUCCGCACAUUCGACAUCACCACAAAGAAGGUGACAUCCCGCAGCAGCAAGGCUUCCCUCCCGUUCCCCGCGGCGCACCCCCUGCACGGCGUGCCGGUGCGGCUGUACCACGACGACACCCUGCAGACCUACUACAGGCGCCUGCAGUUCAGUCCCGACGGCAUGCUCAUAGCCGUGCCCGCGGGGAGAAUAGAGGCAGAGGUGAAGAUGGAGAUCAAGCCGAUAAAUGCAGUUUAUAUUUAUACGAGAUAUAGUUUGAAAGUGCCGGCGUGCAUUCUGCCCUGCGGUGAUCCAGCGCUGGUGACACGCUGGAGCCCCGUGUCGUACAGCGUGCGGGCGGACGGGCCGCGCGGCCUGCCGCUGCGCCGGCGCAUGCUGCUGGCCGUGGCCACGCGCCGCUCCGUCAUGGUCUACGACACGCAGCAGAAGACGCCCAUUGCCGUUAUAUCCAACAUACAUUAUACGAGACUGACGGACCUGAGCUGGUCGCCGGACGGGCGCACGCUGGUGGCGUCCAGCACGGACGGCUACUGCUCCGUCAUCUCCUUCGCGGACGGCGAGCUGGGACACGUGCUGGCGGACGCACCCGAGGAGACUCACAUGGAUGUCGCGGAACAAAUGGAAGUUGACACUGAAGAGCAGUCUGAAGCAGACAAAGCUGUCAAGGACACCAAAACAGUGGAGAAAAAGGAAGAAUCUACCCAGAGCCCGAAGUCGAAGACACGUAAAAUAGACUCCUUCAUAAAAUUUAAAGCACCUUCUGAAAAAUCGCCAAAAAAGCGAAAGUCGGAGCCCAAACAAAAAACACCAGUGAAAAUAGACCUCCUCGUCGAAACUGCCAUGCCGUCGUGGUCAGACAACUCCAGCAACGAAAUCAUUAACCCACCCUCAGACGGAGAUAAAAACAGUAAAGAUGAAGUGAUGGUAAUUGAAGAUAGUGAGGAUAUAAAACUCGUAUACGAAGAAACUGAACAGAACAAAUCUAGUGAAAGUCAAUCACCAACUAAAGAUUCAACUACUAACAAAUCAGACACAGCCGAUUCUAAAACGUCAAAUGAAAGUCCUCCUAAAGCAAAGGUUUCGCCUAAAAAUACCAUGAAUUCAUUCCUAAAGCAAGCCAAGGUGACGGACAUGAAGGAGCCCGUGGCAGUCGCAUCGGUCCCUAGCCCGAAGGCGCCCAGGCGGGUUAGCUUCGUCACGCUGUCAAGCCCCAAGAAUUCUAAGAAGAAACUAUAGAAUGGACUUAACAAUUAAAGAUAUUUUGAAAUGUCGGAAUAAGAAUUUUGUACUGUCGACAUGGAUCAAACAUGGAUCAUUUUGUGU